GAGGACUGAGGACUGAUUAAUGACAGCUUUUUGUAUAUUUGCUGCUUUCUCUUGUUAUUUAAAUGCAUCUGUUCCAGUCCACCGUCUGUUUUCAGAUUCGUACACUUUCUCCAUCGAGGUCUCGUCUCCGUAACCAAUAAUUCAAGUGUCUCUUCCGGUUUGAAUCGUUAGAUGGCGCUCUGAGUAUAAACAAGCCGCCGCGGAGCAUCCGUCCUCUCAGAGGAAUACGGAGCUCAGCAGCGCGUUACUGCGCUUGAUACAUCUCCAGGAUGCUCAUGACGACAGCCUCGUAGCGGGUUCUGCUGGUGCCGCCCGGUCCGGUUCUCCUCCGUCCUCUGACCGAUCGCGUCCUGCAGCUGCUGAAGUUGCUGGCCGCGCGUCGGGCUCCGUGGGCUCCGUGGGCUCCGUGGGCAGUCAGGGUGGGAAGUUGUUGGCGUGGCACCUUUCCAACUCCUCCGGACCCUCGUGCUUUUCGCCACGCGACUCGCACGCACAAUGUUAAGGGGAUCUCAUUGUUCCGCGCGUGGAAAAUGAUCGCAGCCAGCACCGACCUUUCCAUUAUGGUGAGGAGAUGCCUGCUUACUUUCAAACCGUUCAGGAUCUUCGUGCUCGGCAUCGGCUUCUUCAGCCUCUGCUUCCUCAUGACCUCUCUCGGGGGCCAGUUCUCGGCCAAGCGGCCCGGAGACUCUCCGUUCACGGUGCGGGCCGAAGUGCUCGGUGGUCAGGAGUCUCGUGGGGUCCUGAGGAAAAUCAGCGACAUGCUGGAGGUGAUCAUGAAGAGGAUGGACGCUCUGUCCAAACUGGGGAACACCACCGACACCCACCGGCUGGAUGAGCUCAGCUCGGCCCUGGACAGGAUCCAGCCCAUCGGGCUCGUGGAGCGCAUCCAGGCCAUAGCCCAGAACAUGUCGGACAUGGCGGUGAGGGUGGAGCAGAUCCUGCAGCGCAGCAUGGCCAGCGGCAGAGCUCGGGACGGAGCAUUAGGACAAUGCGAGACUCCCAAGGAUCCCCGCUAUCCAGACUGUGCAAGCAAGAUGGAUUGGAUGCGAGCUCGCUGGACCUCGGAUCCCUGCUACGCCUUCUACGGGGUGGACGGCUCCGACUGCUCCUUCCUGGUCUACCUGAGCGAGGUGGAGUGGUUCUGUCCCCCGCUGGCCUGGAGGAACCAGACGGCUACGCCCACGCUGAAGCCUCCACCCAGGAGACAGGCGCUCUUCCAGUCGGACGUGGGGGCUCUGCUGGAGCAGGUGGGCACCGGGAAGGAGUCGCUGAGCUUCAUGAAGCGGCGCAUACGACGGCUGGCGGCGCAGUGGGCGGCGGCGGCGCGGCGGCUGGACGAGCGGCUGCGCGGCGGCUGGAGGGAGCGGAGACGGAUUCUGGUCCAUGUGGGCUUUCUGACUGAGGAGUCCGGGGACGUCUUCAGCCCCAAGGUUCUGAAGGGGGGUCCUCUGGGGGAGAUGGUCCAGUGGGCCGACAUCGUCACGGCGCUGCACGUGCUGGGACACGACCUGAGGAUCUCGGUGUCUCUGAAGGAGCUGCACGGGUUUCUGGGCGUCCCCCCGGGGAGAGGCAGCUGCCCGCUGACCGGACCGCUGCCCUUUGACCUCAUCUACACCGACUACCACGGCCUGCAGCAGAUGAAGCAGCACAUGGGCCUGUCGCUGAGGAAGCACAAGUGCCACAUCCGAGUGAUUGACACCUUCGGCACGGAGCCGGCCUACAACCACGAGGAGUACGCCACCCUGCACGGCUACCGGACCAACUGGGGCUACUGGAACCUCCACGGCCAGCAGUACAUGACCAUGUUCCCCCACACUCCAGACAACUCCUUCAUGGGCUUUGUGGCCGAGGAGCUGAACGAGACGGAGCGGCUGCACAUUCAGCGGAGCAAGGUCAACAACAUGGCCGUCGUUUACGGCAAAGAGGCCAACAUGUGGAAGCUUCAAGGGAAGGAGAAGGUUCUGUCCAUCCUGCACCGUUACAUGGACGUGCACGGGACCGUGUACUACGAGACGCAGCGCCCCCCAGAGGUGCCCGCCUUCGUGAAGAACCACGGCCUGCUGCCUCAGCAGGAGCUGCAGCAGCUGCUCAGACGGGCCAAGCUCUUCGUGGGGUUCGGCUUCCCGUACGAAGGCCCCGCCCCUUUGGAGGCCAUCGCCAACGGCUGCGUCUUCCUGCAGCCCAGGUUCAGUCCCCCGCGCAGCUCGCUCAACCACGAGUUCUUCAGAGGGAAGCCCACGUCCAGGGAGGUGUCCUCUCAGCAUCCGUACGCCGAGCAGAAUAUCGGCAGGCCGCACGUCAUCACCAUCGACUUCAAUAACUCCGAGGAGUUCGACGCCACCGUUCGGGAAAUUAUGAAGAUUAAAGUGGAGCCCUUCCUGCCCUACGAGUACACCUGUGAGGGGAUGCUGGAGAGACUGCACGCCUACAUCCAGAACCAGGACUUCUGCUCCCCCGAGGAGCCCUUCCCUGCGGGGAACUGGUCCUGGCUGGGCAGCGCCGCGGGCCCCUUCGCCCUGCAGCCCAACUCCAGCGUCCUGCUCUGGGCCUCCAACGCCAGCUCCCACGCGUCAUGGCCGCCGCUCGCCGCCCUGCGGCUGCUGGCGUCGCUGGAGGGCGAGUCCUGCGUCACGGCGUGCCACGGCGCCGGGCUGGUGUGCGAACCCGCCUUGUACCGGUUCAUCAACAUCAAGGAGGCCUUCAGCGCGUUGGACUUCCAGUGCGAGGGGCUGGAGUCGGAGAUGAACCACCUCCUCCCCGCCUUCUCGGCAGAACACGCUGAAUGCGGUCUGCAGCAGGACCCGCUGCUGUUCAGCUGCGCCGGCUCCAGCGCCAAGUACCAGCGCCUCUGCCCGUGCAGGGACUACCGGGCCGGACAGGUGGCGCUGUGCAGGGACUGCCUAUGACGGACGGUCGCACUGGCUCCGCUCUCUUGCCUCCGAUCGGACCGGCUGCAGCGUGGAUAAGGUGGUAACAAGCUCUCAGGGAACCUGCAUGACGAGGGUCCACGGCCUCUGCAAAGGUCACGGUGAAAUGUGUGAAUGUAGAGUAGCAACGAAAAGGAGCGCUUCGAUUUAAAAAAAUGCAAAUGCUUGAAUUCACAAGUGUUUACUCGGUGUUGUGUAAAUACAGUAUCAUAGUGGAGUUUGGAUAUUUGUACUAGAUGCACCCAAAGCCAUUUACUCUGUGUUGAGACGUACUAUUUUACAUGUCCUCCGAUGAAUAUAUUUGUACAUAAGUGUUGCUUAAUAAAAUAAAGUGAAAACA